AUGGUCGUGGUGGUCGCUCACUUGCUUGCAGGUGAGACUAUGCAUAGCGUUCACUUGCUGGCACCCAUCUCUUGCCUGUGGCUCCACGCAGCUGGGCUCUGCACAGCGGCCACACCCCGGGCAACCGCCUCGACCGGUGGGCUAAACCAAGUGAGGGGGCCCUGUGCGCUGUGCCGUGUGCACAGAGUUUGCGGAUUCCGCUGGAUGGAAGGUCGGAUGGAACCUUGCGUCGGCACCGUCGUGACGUGGUUCGUCUCUGCACGCCGCUGGACAGCCGGUGACGGGGUGGAUCUCCACAUCGACAUCGCCUUGACGCGCCCACCUACGCCGUCGGAGACCGCGGCUUACGGCGAAUUCGAGUCGCUCCCCACCACGAACAACAAGUCAUGGCCCCAUAGUGGAGUUCGGCCGUGCCACAACGGCACAUGGCAGCCCUAUUCAGGGAUGGCACUGCCAGCCCCCACGAGGGGAAGGGCCUAGAAAAGGUGGCCUAAACAUUGCUGGGUACCACGCCGUCUCCAGACUAGCCAGGGCCGCAGACGUCUUAUCAUGGUCGAAACAAGCAAAAUCGAAACCACAACAAUACCAAUAACAACAACAGCCAUACCCAUUCUCCUCAUCCUACCUCCUCUUCCUCUUCCUCUGCCUAUUCUUCUGCCUAUUCUUCUCCUUCGUCACCUUCUUUUUUAUCUCCUUCCCGUCGCCCCACUCGUUGUCACCAGACUGGCGGGGUGAGCCCGCUCACUCUGGCAGCCUGGAAUGUUCGUUCCCUUUUAGACAAUCCGAGGAGCAACCGACCGGAACGGAGGACGGCGCUAGUGGCACGAGAACUGGCGCGCUACAAGGUGGACAUCGCCGCACUCAGCGAGACCCGAUUCUCCGACCAAGGCCAGCUGGAGGAGGUGUGUGCCGGCUACACCUUCUACUGGAGGGGUCGGCCCAGAGCAGAGCGACGAGACACGGGCGUCGCCAUCGACAUCGUGGGACGACUGCCCUGUCUACCGCAGGGCAUCAACGAUCGCCUGAUGUGCCUCCGACUGCCUUUCUGGGGUGGGGGCAAAUUCGCCACCAUCAUCAGCGCCUACGCUCCGACGAUGACCAGGCCCGACGCCGCACGAGACAAAUUCUACGAGGACCUGCACGCCCUCUUGGCGACUGUGUCGAAGGCGGACAAGUUGUUUGUCCUUGGUGACUUCAACGCCCGCGUCGGCACAAACCAUACUGCCUGGAGAGGAAUGCUGGGUCUCCACGGUCUCCGCGGCUCAAACGACAAUAGUCUGCUGCUGCUCCGCACCUGCGCAGAACACCGCCUAAUCCUGACGAACACCUUCUUCUGUCUGCCGGAGCGAGAGAAGGCCACCUGGAGGCAUCCUCGGUCGCGUCAGUGGCACCUGCUGGACUAUGUCCGCGUCCGGAGGCGAGAUCAGCGGGACGUGCUGGUGACGAAGGCGAUCGCGGUCGCUGACGGGUGGACCGACCAUCGCCUCGUCAUCUCGAAGAUGCGUAUUCGUCUACAGCCUCGCAGGAGACCACAAGGUAAGCGACCCCCAGGUAAGCUGAAUGUUGCCUUGUUGUCUUUGCCCGCUCACCAUCUUCAUUUCAGCAAUGAGCUAGCUCAACGGCUGACAACCUUCCUAUCGCUGUCGCCGACGACGCCGCCGCCGCUGCCGAGAACGCCUUCGUGGAAAACCGCUGGUGUCAACUGCGAGACUCGGUCCAGUCGACGGCGCUCGCCGUCCUCGGUCACGCUCCCCGCCAACAUCAGGACUGGUUCGACGACAACGACGCCGCCAUCAGAAAUAUGCUUGCUGAGAAGAACCGCCUACACAAAGCCUACGUAGAUCACCCCACUGAUGCCACCAAAGCUGCGUUCUAA